GUCUAUUCGGUUUGCAUAAACUGCUCACAACAGAAAAUGAAUCCAGUAUACUAUCCAAAACCUGAUCCAAGAAAUCCAGGAAUUCCUUUAGCUGCACAUGCUGUGUACCCUCCUACAGAUGCUGCCAGUUGGCACCAAGCAAGAGGAGCUGUAUUCAAGACUGCAGCAAUAAAUCAAACGGAUCCUAGGAACCCAACGGUACCUCUGCCUGCACAUGCUGUAUACCCACCAACAGUGGGCGGAUCAUAUACAAAUAAUGGUUCUCAUGGUUACAGUGCAUACCCACAACAUGCAGUCGCCUACCCAGCAACUGGUCCACGACAAGUCGCAACAGCGAGUUCAGGGCAGCUGGCCUACCCAUAUGGACCUUACACUACCACUGCUGGCAUGGUACACACCCCAGCACCAGCUUAUCCACCUAAUCCAACAUACACACAGGCUGGUGCCGCCUCCUACAUGCAAGCUGCAGCUUAUGCCCAUUCGCUGUCUGGUUCGCAGAUUGUACACAGUACCACAGUGUUACAGCAACAGCAACCUUACCACACCGUCUACCUUCCUGAACAGUCGCCAGUUCAUGGUAUGACCUCACAAGUCCCGGUGUCAGCAGCACCAGCACCAGCGAAUGUGUCACCGUAUUGCAACCGAGCCCUGCCUCCUACAGCAGUAGCUGGAGCAGCUGUCGGUGUAGCAACAGCAGGAAUCAGUCCCUACGGAGGAGCAGGUUUACCCCCAGGCUGGGCCUACCGCUAUCCACAAUCCCAAUUCCACCCUCCACCUCAGUAGAUGAGGUACCUUCUGUGCGUCUUCCAAAUGGUUGUAUGUUACCCCAGCAGUUAACAGGUAUACUACUUGUGCUGACGCUGGCAAUUGCCAUAUCAGUAGCAUGAUUAGAAUGGAUCUAAUUCGGUUACAGAUGUACUCAUCUUGUACACUCUACAUAGGUUUGCAAAGUAUUAGACACCCGCAGGAUCCAAUAUUUAGACAGUUGGUAGCUAUAUAUAGAGCUUUUCUCUAAGGAUCCACUUAAACCACGAACUUUAACAUUGGCUGUUGCCAUAGAAGGUUGCCAGGGUAAGAAUGCAGUAACUGGCCCAGUAUUAGACUGUUUAUUUAGGGACCAGUCCAAUAUAUCUGCUUAUUUAUGUAUUCAAUAUGUUACCUUCCAUUCCUUCAAUUUUGAAAUGCAGUUACUGUUUUUUUGCAAACUAUUUCCAUGAUUAAUUAGUGUAACAUGGAAAUAAUGUUUGAAGUCAUAAAUUUAGUUAGGUGGAAGUGGUUUUUUUUUAUGUUGUUUACAAUCAUGAUGAUUAUUUUAUCAGUUUAUUCCUUUUUUAUUUUUGAAAAUGUUGCCAUUUGAGGAUGCAUUGUUGAACUGUAUUAAUUUUUUUGUAUUAAAUUAUUAUUAAUACUAUUGUUUUUUUCUCUCAUUUUUCCUUUAGUAGCAAAACAUAUUUACUACUUGUGAUGUGGUGAUCAUUUAUCUUCUUAUCUAUAUAUUUAUUUUAUUUGUCUCUUUCUAAAAUUCUAAUCAUUGCUAAGCUGCAUGAGAUGCAGUUGAAACUAUUAACCUUGAUAUCAGGGGUUCGAAUCCUGCAUGGUUCAUUUUGCUUGUGUCCUUGGCAAGCACUUCUAAGCCCUGUCCAGACUAUGAAAUUUUAUUUAACAAAAAAACCAUAUAUAGUCAUGAUGUGCCUAUAUAUGGUCAUGAUGUGCCUAUAGAUGGUCAUGAUGUGAUGUCAUCAUAACCAUAUUUGGGCAUAUCUCAUGUUUUUUUUAAAUUAAAAUGUAAUAGUCUUGAGAGGGCUUAUUCCUCUCUCCACCCAGUAGUACAAAUAAACUAAAUAUAAAUGUGAUUUACUAGCAAACAAAUUAUGUAAUGAUAAUUAUAAGUAUAAUAUUGGGAAUACAUUUAUAGCCAUUUCGGUCCAAUGACUGCUGUAAUCAUUUCAUUAGAUGCUAUACUUUCUAAUACUGUUGGUUUGCUUGGUGGGUAAAAUAUUAAACAAAUUUAGUAGUUGCACCAUGUAAACUAACUUCUUCUAAUUGUGUUAAAUGGAAAAACUACGGACAAAAUAUAUAAAAAAAGAUUAUUAUCAUUAUUAAUAAUAUUAUAAUUAACCUUGUUUUUAGGGAUUUAAAUCUAUUGUACUUACUCUUCCGUCAUUAUUUUAUAUGUAGCCAAAGUUGUGUGAGAUGUGCAAUCAUUAGCCUUUUAUUUCCAGUUUUUGUUUUCACCUUAAAAGUAGAUCAGGUACUGAAUAGUAAUUAGAUAAUCAGUGAUUCUCCUAAUUACUAGUUAAUUAGGGAGAUAUCCACAGGUAGUGCCCCAUUUUUGUGUUGUUUACUUCAAAAGAAGUGAGAGCAUAAAUAAAAUAAUACUUUCGCUAAAUUCUAAUUGCUUUUAUUUUUUCAAGAACCAUUUUAACAUAAGAUACAAUUUAGCAGGUAUUAAGCUCCUGGACUAUUUCUGGAUAUUCCAUUCUAUAUUAAACUUGGUUUACUGAUAUCGCAUCAGUACGUAAUUUUAUUUCAAUAUUGUUUCCCUGCUUAAAGCCUGUGGUUUACAUUAUUGUAAAUAAUUUAAAAUUAUCAUUGAAAAUGGAUCACAUUACUUAAUAUUCAAACACAAAAAAAUAAAUUCAAAUGUAAGAAAAUUAUAGUAUUGCACACAUUCAGGGUAUAAAUAUUUUGACACAUUUGCUGCCACUGCCAGAGAGGAGUAUACUCGUCACACUGGGUUUUGAUGAGGGUACUACGGAUGACUAUACUCGUCAAAAUCAGGGUAACAUUCUAGCGUUUAUUACUUCUUUGUUAUACAUUCAUUGUAGAACCACAGACUAAACGGCUGGUAGCUGGGGAAUAUUUUCCCACCAAUUUAGUAGACACAGAAUUUUCUUGAUAUAUGACUAGAUAAAAUUUAAAAAAAGUAUGUUUAUACAUGUAAACCAGUUUUGGCACACGGGAAGUAACCUAAAACAAUGUCCAGCAUGCAACGUGUUAGUUUAUUUUAAUUUAUUUAUUUUUAUUUCAUAAUAUUUGUAUUAUUUAUUAUACUCUAAACGUAAAUAUCUAUGAAACACAAUUUGUUUUUUUUUUAGUAAUAUUUGUUCUGCCUGAUAGAUGCUUUAUACCUUGAGACAGUAUAUACUUACCUAUUUAAGUUUAUGCAAAUUAUUGUCUAUUAGUGACAAAAUAGCUGAACCUAAUUCACCUUCAAACUUAACUAACAAUAGUCAGAAUUUGGUAUUAAAGGUGCCUAAGAUUCAGUGUAGCUAUGGCUUUUAUAAACUGCUUUUACCUUUAACAUAGAAGUUUAAACUUAAGCCUCUAAGUAAUUACUUCAUCUACUCUUGCCAUUUAGAAUAAUAACUUAACUGACAGAUCAACUUCUGAAGUAUACAGUAUUCAGUUUACCUAUGUGAUGUCAGAUUAGAGUUUCUUCAUAUUUUAGUAUAAUUUUCUGCUUUGAAAAGAUAAGGUAGGCCCAAGUUCAACAGGAAUGCAAAGAAGAGGGGACCCAGGGAGGGACUUAAAUGGCAUUCUUAGACUUAAAUUUGUAUGUAGUUCUCUACAUCAAAAAUUUUUUUUUAAACAAUUAGGGAGGAAGGGAUCUGCGCUGGCUGGCUCUACCUUUGUACAUUCUGUGCAAAAGUAGGCCUAGGUGUGAAGUUGGUUGUUUGUGAGGAAGGGGGUGGGGUGUGCUUUAUUCCUAUGCUUGUAUCCUUGGGUUGAGGUUUUUGACUUUAGGUUUGCAUCCAAUGUGUUUAAUUAGUGUCUCAUCUCCUUAGUAAGUUUUGUUUGUCUCCAAUUUGUAAAAUCUUAUAAUUUAUAUCCACCCUCCUUGCAGCUUAAAACAGUAUUAAAUAAACAUUUUUGUAAACUUGUAGUUAGUACAGGUGCCAAGGGUUUGUUUCAUUGUACAUCAACUCAAAUUUGUUCCAAGUUUUCCACUGAUGAAACAUCUUUCAAAUUUGAAAGAUGGAUUUGAUAGAUAAGAAUUAUCCAUUCCAUAGUGCCAAAAAAAGCCAAGGUAUUCUAAAAAUAGAUGAUGUAAUCAAUUAAACAUCUGUAUAGUAUUAUAGACAACAUUCAUUGGACAUUAGUGAGAAUCGUUUUAGCAUGAACCAGGUGUAUAAAGAAUAAAUAUGUUGUAAUUGGAUAUGCCAUGUGAUCUAUAAGAUAUUCAUUGGUUUUUGACUGACAUUUCUUAUGCUGCUUUCAUAUUAUUAAUUUUUUUUUCACAAGAUUUUUUCCAAUAAGGUAGGAAAUAUGCCAUGUCUCCAAGAUUAGGGUGGUUUUUUUUUUUAAUUCUUUUUUAAUUUUAUAGAUUGGUCCAUGCCAUAGAUAUGUGUACUGUUUUGAAAUAAUACCAUGUUGUGUGUGUUUUUUAGCAUAACAUACAAAAUGUGUAUAAUGUACCAAUAUUAACAACUCCAAAAUGUGAAGCCUGUCAACUCUAAUUGAUGUAUGGUGGGUUUUUGCAUAAUUGAUCACAUUCAUUAAUUUAGUGAUUAGGAUAUUGCGAGAACAUAUUGUAAGGCCAUCAAAUAUAAUACAGGUUUAUCUGGACGUGCGCAAAUUAAUUUUCUAGGAAUCUCAAUCUAGCUUUUGCACAAAAUAAUACGUUGUUAUUUUAAAUCUAAAAAUCUAAUGUUAUACAAAAUUGAAAGUAUAGAUGUAAUAAUGCAACUACUUUUAUGAUAUAAGGAGUGCUUAUUGUAAUAGCAGAAUCUUGAAUAUUUCAUUCAUCUAGCAUUUUAAUCUCUUAUUAAAUCCAAUCCUUUUUAUGUUCACACUUUUGUAUCCAUUUUUAUAGCCUAACUUAUUUUUGUAUGUUCAAUUUUAGCCCACCAGUUUUAUUUUUUUUAAAAUUUAAUUUAUUUGAUAUUGUUUUUCUAUUUACUGGUUUUCUACAUGAAAAAAAAUCUGCUAAUGGUGCCUAUAAUCUCAGCAAUGUUGUGUUUAUAUUCACAAUCUAAAUGUUGCCUAGCAACUGUAGACCGUUUUUUUUUUUUACAGUAACGUAGGCGAUUCUGAUUAUUUUGAUAAAAUGAGCUAAAGAUUAGUGUUCAUUAUUAGCUUAAAAGUAUGAAAAUAUGAUCAAACAGUUAUAAACAUACAUGUAUAUCAGUGUUAUAAAGAAUUUGAAUUUCCAAAAAUGCAUUUCAAAUAAUCCAAUGUGAUCUCUAAUAAUUAUUAUUGCUUUACUGUUAGAAGGAUCCUGUCCACAAAGUGUUGACAAUCAAUCGUUUUCCUAUUUAGCUAUGUGAUCAUUAACUACUGUGCUUUACAUGAUCAACUCCCAUAAUCACUGUGAUUACUAAUUUCCAUCAUGAACUCAGUUUGUUGUAAUCAACUCUCAUUAUGCAUUUGAUAAGUAACUUAAGUCAUCUCAUGCUCAUCAUCUCUUGAUUAUCAACUCAAAUCUUUCUCUGAGGAUCAUCAAAUCUCAUCAUUUCUUGUCAUUAUCAACUCCCAUCAAUUUUUUGAUCAUUGACUCUCAUCAUCCAUUGUGAUCAUUAAUGUCAAUGCUUCCUUGAGAUCAUCAGCUUCCAUCACCCUUCCAAACAACCACCCAUCAUGCUCUAAUAUGAUCAACUUUCAUCAAUCCUUGUGAUCAUCAACUCAAAUCAUUCCUUGUGAUUAUCAACUCCGGUCACUUUUUGACCAUCCACUCCCAUAACCCUUUGUGACCAUCAAUUCCAAGGCUUCCUUGCGAUCAACAUCCAUCUCCCCUUCCAGUCACCAACACCCAUCAUCCUUGGUUUACCACAAUCAACUCUGUCAUUCCUUGUGAUCAUAGUUUUUGAAUGACCAUCAACUUCCAUUACCCAUUAUAAUCAUCACCUCCCAUCACCACUGUUAUUAUCACCUACAAUUCUUCCUUGAGAUCAUUCAGUUCCAUUAUCCAUUGUGAUCCCCAAACACCCAUGUUCCUCUACAAUGAUCAAUGGGUGGCAUUAUAUUUUAUGAUGUCAUUUUGAUCAAUUGAAUAGAAACAAAACAUUUUUGAACAAAAUACUAUAUAUUAUUAUUUAAUAAUUUCCCUUGUCUGUAAAAUGUAGCUGUAACCAUGGUGUCUCCAGCACUGUAAUAAUCCAUGGUGUAAAAUUACACAAAAUUAUGUCAUUUUUCUGGAGAUGCAUGUAUGCGCUGAUAAGGAGGCUAAGGUCAUCUUAUUUUAACAGAUCUGUGUUCCAUCUAGAAACAUAAUUCCGUAAAUGUUCAGUAUUGAGUGUUGUUAAACCUAGCAACAAAAACAUUACAAUACAUAUUAUGUUAUCCAAAGGUACUUAUCUGGUUCCACUUUCAGAAGAUAAUAUUAGUACAGAUAAUAUUAAUGGUAAUUAUGAUUAUUGUAUAAUUAAGUGCUUCUUUUUAAAUAAUAGAACUAUUUGGUAGAAUAUUGUGACAUAUUCAUAUUUACUCAACAAUAUUAAUGGAUUUUUUUCUUUUGAAAUUAUGUAAAUUUAAUGGAGUUUAUUGAUAUGUGGUAAUUUGCCCUAUAAUAUUGUUCUCUUGAAACCCAUGUAGGGCGACGGUGAAGGAAAUAACAAAAUACCGAGUCUGCAGACUAUUAUUCCAUUUCACAGAAUAUUCCAUUGUUGGAUUAUUUUUUGGUUAACCUUAUCAAUUGUAUGAUAUUUUUAAAAAUUUACUCUGAUGUAUUUAGUCAUGUAGCAGUGUUGCUGAGUGCAAACAAGGACAUAAAAUCUAAUAUGUUGAGGAAAACGUUAAAUAUACUACUGUGUUGAAAAUAAACAUGAUGAUUACUACUAUCACCUGUAAAAAAAAAAGUAGGCCUAUCAAAUAUACACGGCCGGUUUUUAAAAUUUUAAUUUGCUACCACCUGGGAAGAAUGCCACCGGUCACAAAAAGCCUUUUUCUCUGUGAAGCCACCUGGUAUUGUAAUUCUUUCUGGCUGGCUACGUUCACAUUUGCAACUCGCGCCAGGAGUGAACCUCAAGCCGCGUUCACACUGAAAACAAUGCACACACUCAGUGAUUCGCGCUGGCGCAAGUCCCAAAUGUGAACAUGCCUCUGAUGUAUAAUAAUUGCUACCAAUUCUCAUUGAUUGUUAGUUAGCUUCUAACUUUUUAUGCAAAUUAAUUUUCUUGUGGAUACGAUUACACUGGCGAAUCCGGAGAGGAGGAGGAAGAUGUGGCUUCGUGUUCACAUGACCCUGGAUUCGCUGCUGUAUGUAAUACCCAACUCAAUUAUAAUGUUAAACCCUAUGUUUAGGCCUAUUGUAUACUAUUUACUAGUAGAAUGUUAACACCAAGAUGGAAAGAUGUUUUUACUAUUCUUUAGGCUGCAGGAGUAAUAUAAAAUUACGAUUAUAUCGAUUUAUAUGUAUUCGGUUGGUGUUGUGCCUUAAGAUAUUUAGCUUAGCAAUAACUUACUAUUCAUAUUCAACAUUUAUUCGAUGUGUAAAAUUUCUUUUGAACUUUGACCUGAUAUGCCAAUCAUGUCAACGUUUAUGUAGAGGGAUAUUAAUGAGAAUAUUAAUAACGUACAGAUACUAUUAAUAGCCGAGUAUUAACUAAAUGGCAUUCCGAUUAUAAUGUAAUUGUUAUUCAAUAUAAUGCUUCCUUACAUUUUAACCGCGUUAUUCACAAUGACACAGUUAUGAUCCAAGUGUUACACUGUGUGAAAUGAUAGAAUGACCCGGCUUUUCGUCUGCUCUUCAUUUUUUUUAAUUACAAAAUGAGUUAGAUGAUUCUUCUGAUGGUAUAAAUUGGUCGUAAUUUAGGACAAUAUAUUGGCUGAAGGUCUACGUUAGUAAGGGUUGAUGAUCUGUUCCAUUUUUGUCACAAAGUGUAGUUUAGAUUUUUGUUUUCUACCACACAGAAUAUUAAAUCGAUGCUGUGGUUGCGAAAUGGUUAUUUAGUGUAAUACUGUUUUGAAGUUUAAACAGGUUACAUACACGGUUAUAGUGUACAGUAAUUAUUGUUUGGUUGUACACUUUGUCAGACUAAUAUCGUCUGUUUAAAUGAGAUCAUGUUAUUGACGUUAGCUGAUGAGAUGUAAUGUGCAGAGAAUGUAUUAGAUAAGAGUGAUUUAACGUUAUUUUGAAUAAAGUUAAUCUCGCCAAUA